AUGGCAGAUGCUUCGCAACAGGACAAAGACAAUGGAGAAGCACUCCCAAAGGAUUCGCAUCCCGCAGUCAACGGGUCAGGACCCCGAGACAGCAAAGGAUGGGACGGAAAGCUACGAGUCGAGAAGCAAGCUGUGCUAGCAAAUCCCGAAGCUCUUUCAGAUCCAGACUACUCGGGCGAGGACGCUCCGCCGGUGGAACAGAUAGAUGCAGACGAAGACUUACUGGAGGAUUACGAGGAUGAUGCCGACGAGAUUGACCUCGUCCAUUGCCGCAUAUCCUCCAUUCCUGCAUUACGAUUAGACCGCUUCAGCAAAGUUGAAAGACUAUGCCUCCGACAAAACCAGAUCUCGCACAUUGAGUAUCCCUCCAACAUAGGACCAACGUUAAAAGAGCUCGACCUCUACGAUAAUUUAAUAUCUCACAUCAAGGGUCUAGAAGAGCUGUCACAUCUUACGAGCCUGGACUUGAGCUUCAACAAGAUCAAGCAUAUCAAGGGCGUCAAUCAUCUGAGAGAUGUCAAGGACCUCUACUUGCUUCAGAACCGAAUCUCGAAGAUUGAGGGAUUGGAUGGCAUGACCGUUGUGAGAAAUCUGGAGCUAGGUGCGAAUAGGAUAAAGGAGAUAGAAAAUUUGGAGAGCCUUGCAGCGCUUGAAGAGCUUUGGCUAGGAAAGAAUAAGAUUACAGAGAUCAAGAACCUCAAGAUCCUCUCAAUACAGUCCAACCGCUUGCGACAUAUAUCAGGACUCUCCGACCUUUCAAAUCUUGAGGAGCUCUACAUCUCACAUAAUGCUCUCACGGAAGUAUCUGGACUAGACCAAAAUCAAAACCUGCGCGUGAUUGACAUAUCAAACAAUCAGAUCGCACACCUGUCGGGCAUGAAACAGCUCUCGAAGUUGGAGGAACUAUGGGCAUCAUCGAAUCUCCUCGCUUCAUUUGAGGAGGUUGAGGAUGAGUUGAAGGACAAGAAAGAGUUGAACACAGUGUACUUCGAAAUGAAUCCUUUGCAAUUGAAAAACCCAGCGUUAUAUCGGAACAAGGUCAGGCUUGCUCUACCGCAAUUGGAGAAGAUAGAUGCCACCGGAAUCAGGAGCCGACCAUUUGCCGCGUUCCAGCCUUUCCUGUUCCUGAAUGAUGCACGUCAUGGUGUUUGCGGGGCAGCAUUCGGGCAAAAAAAUGUUUUAAAUGCGGGGUUGGUACCAGUCUUUUUUCGUCACCUCAAAUCCCCAGUCCAUGAACAUUACCAGACCUUUCACUCGACGGCGCAUGUGGUACGUGCGACCCUCACUCCCACCUCACCUUACCCUACCAUUCCUCAACCCUCACUCAGAUCCUACCAUCUAGACUACGGCAACGAGACCGAGUGCGGCCAAGGCGUCGCUCGCGCCAUCAAAGACGGCCUCGUCAAACGUAGCGACCUCUUCAUCGUCUCCAAGCUUUGGAACUCCUUCCACGACGGCCCGCGCGUCGAGCCCAUCUGCAAAAAGCAGCUGAAGGACUGGCAAAUCGACUACUUCGACCUUUACAUCAUGCACUUUCCCAUCUCGCUCAAAUACGUCGACCCAGCCGAGCGCUACCCGCCCGGCUUUACGGACGGGAAUGGAAAAGUCAACAUUGGAAAAGCGACGAUUCAGGAGACAUGGACGGCCCUGGAGGGGUGUGUGGAUAAGGGUUUGAGUAAAAGUAUUGGAAUCAGUAAUUGUCGUGGGCAGCUUAUCAUGGACAUUCUCCGCUACGCCCGCAUCCCGCCCGCAACCCUCCAAAUUGAGCACCAUCCAUACCUCGCCCAGCCCGGCCUCGUUAAAUACGCGCAAGCCCAAGGCAUGGCAAUAACAGCUUACUCGUCCUUCGGCCCGCAAUCCUUCCUCGAGCUCGACAUGAAGGAAGCGAAAGAUUGCCCGCCAUUGCUCGAGCACCCCGUCAUCAAGAAGAUCGCGGAGAAGGUGGGGAAGAGCCCGGCGCAGGUGCUAUUAAGGUGGGCCACGCAGAGGGGCGUUGCGGUCAUUCCGAAGAGUAAUAAUGAGGGGAGGUUGAAGGGAAAUUUGGAUGUUGCCGGGGGGUGGGAGCUGGAGAAGGGGGAUGUUGAGGAGGUUGGGGGGUUGGAUAAGGGGUUGAGGUUUAAUGAUCCUGUUAAUGGUGGCAGUAUGGGCUUGACUUGCCGAUCUAUGUCUAAGGCCAAUGAAUGGCGACAAGGAGAGGAGGGUAUAGGAGGUCGAUUGACGGCCUUGAGCGCGCUUUAG